CUACUGUCAGUUUUGUCCGGAUCAUUUCUCGAAACCAGCUGAAUUGAAGCUACACACUUUGGCCGAUCAUGAAAACGCUAAAAUGAAAGAAGUACAAGCAUAUUGGUGGCCAUGGAGGAAAAGAGUUAGUAACACAACAAGACGUUACAAUAAAAAAGGAAGGAACAAAAAUGUCGCCUUUCAAACAAACGUUGAACGAAGUCAAAACGAAGAAAGAAGAACUGAAGAAACAUCAUAAAAACUUGAAGACGAUCUUGCAAUGCUCUAAUGCUACGCUUAUAAGAUGUUAUGGUGGUCUCGGGUACACGUGUUUCUUCUGUAACGACCAAUUUCCUAUACCCCUCGACCUGAAAACUCAUACAUUGCAAACACAUUCAGAAAUAACUAACAUCCCGUUCAAAAAAAGAGGUAUGUGCGACUAUUUCGUCAAAUUGGACAUAACCUCGCUCCAAUGCAGAUUGUGCAAUGAAUAUAUCGAAGACAUAAAAUCUCUUUUGAACCAUCUCAAUACAGUCCACGAGCAGAAAAUUUUCACGGAUCUCAAAGAUUACAGUCUAGCGUUCAAGUUUGACGAUGACCAAUUAAAAUGUUAUAUAUGUUUAAACGUGUUCACGAAAUUCAAGAAGCUACAAGAACACAUGAAUUCUCAUUAUCGCAAUUAUAUAUGUGAGAUUUGCGAUGCAGGUUUUAUUAACGAGCGUCAUCUUUACACGCACAAAGAAUGCCACGAAAUAGGCACGUUUAAAUGUAAUUUCUGUCCAAAAAUAUACGACACUGAUAGAAAGAAGAAAUCGCACGAGAAGUCUGUACACAGUCGCAUUUCGAAGAGUUUAAACCGCUGCGGGUGUUGUUUUAAAACUUUCAGGAAUUAUAUGGAUAAGCAGAGGCAUCUUGUCACGGUCCACGGCGUCCCAGAGCUCAAAAUAGACUGUCAGGCGUGUGACAAAGUGUUUACGAGCAGACGAAUGUAUACAGUUCAUAUGAAACGCGAUCAUUUGCUGGAGAAGCCGCAUAAGUGUUCAGAAUGCGACAAAGCGUUCUCAAGUUCAGAUCUUUUGAAGAAACACACGCUGACACAUUCAGGUCUAAAGCCAUUUCAAUGUGAAGUUUGUAAGAAGUGUUAUGGGAGGAGGAACACACUGUUGGAACAUAUGAGAAUACACAAUAACGACCGGAGGUUUAAAUGUGAGCACUGCGGUCAGGCGUUCAUACAGAAGUGCAGUUUGAAAGGACAUUUGAGUUCCAAACAUGGCAUUGUGCAUUGAUAGAUUAAAUAGUAAUAUAUAUAUAUACAAAUCACACAGAUUGUGUUAGCCCCUAAGUCAAAUUUAAAUUCAAAAUUCUCUAUUCAAUUCAGGAUGAUAUACAUCACUUAUUCACGUCAAAAAAUUACUUAAACUAAGUCUACUGCCGGCUUCCAAAGCGCAGGUGAAGAAGAAGCGGCGCAACAAACUUCACCGCAGCCUUUUCUCCAAGGACGCCAAUUAACAAGGUCUUAUAUUAAAAAUUAGGACGACGUAUUUACAUCAUUAUUAAAAAUGUCAAAAUUUGAAUGAAUAAAUAAAAUAAAGGUUGUAUUUCCAAUAAAAUUAUUGAAAAUUGUCCCACAAAAAAAUAUAUAUACAAAUAGAAAGCUAAAUGUACAAAACUUACGUAAUAAUGUCAUAAAUCAAUUACAUAUCUUAUGAGGAUACUGCACCACGCUUGGGUCAGACAUUAUUGUCGUUCACAUAAUCGUCAGACUUGUAAUAUGCCGUUUUACAAAGUACUUCUUUUAUACAAUUUCCAAAGUAUUUCUUUCUAAGUAAAUUCGAGACUUGUGUGAUGGGAUUACUCAACGAUACUAUAUUCUACAACAUAUAGACAUACAGAUAAACAUUCAAUACCCGGGUCGAUGUGAAAAAGAUUAUUAUCGAUUUUAACUUGACCGGGGUUCGAACCCAGGAUUCACUCCGACAUAAUUACCAUUGGGCCACAGAGGUCGUGAAAAUUAGGUACCUACAUAGGUGCCUAUUUUUCCGCUUGCUGAUAAAAUAUCUGACGGUCUAUGUGUAAUAUAUCCAAUAGAUAGAAAUUAAAAAUCGUGUUACACAAAUGUUGGAUAGGGUUAACUGCCAAAUAACUUCAGCCAGAUUUAUCUAGCAGUUACUUUAUCUGUCAGAUGACGAAUUUUAAAAUACGAUAUUUUAUCUGUAAGUGGUGAAACAGGCCCUAAACUUUAACUUUAACUAGCCGUUGCCCGUGUACCCGUCCGUGGUAAAAAGUAUGUCAUCUCCAGUUCUCCAAAUAUAUCCACAACAAAAAACACCUCUAACCAAUGUUCCGUUUUCACGUGAACGAAGGAUAAACAAACACACUGCACUUUUUAUAGUUUCACUAGCGGCCCAUCCCGGCUUUGCUCGAGUAAAAACGUGACGAAUUAGACACCUAAACGUAAAUCAGGAAUCACGCUGUCUAUUGGUGAAAACCGCAUGAAUAUCCGUGCAGUAGUUUUUGAGUUUUAUCGCGAACAGACAGACAGACGCAGCAGUGGACUUUGUUUUAUAAUAUAUAAGGAUAACAAGUGUGUUAUCGCAAUCACUGGUGCCAGAAGCUCUACCACGAAACAUUUACACGUAGCACGUCACUAACGUCCACAUGUUGUCUCUUACUCCCAUAUCGUGUACGCACCGUGUAAAAAAAGAAAGAACUCCCUUUCUUUCUUUCAACUAUCCUAAAGUCUCUGUGUUAAUUAAGUAGGUCCGCAUACACACGAGUGUACCAGUCAACCAGUGUACCAGUCAACAGCAAAUCAACAUACACAAAUGAAUUGCAAACUCACACAAGUUCAUGCAGGGUAACUAAAAGUACUGUUGAUUGUACAGGUUUCCUCAUGAUGUUUUCUAACACUGCAAGCAAGCAAGUGAUGUUUAUGAAAACUAUUAUACACGAGUCAGAUUGGUGUACAAACUCGUGUGACACGAGUAGAAUGGAAAUCUCGAUCACAGGCUGCAACCAUCACCGCCAUUUUGGGAAUGGAAGUGACAAUCGCAUAGAAUUUGGUUUCAAAUAUAAGUAAAUUUAGUUAUGGUUCUAUUUGUAGAAUAUAAUCUAUAUAAUAUAACAAUUUCUGUAAGUAUUUGUAAAAUAAACAAAAGAUAAAUAAAUAUUUUUAUUUCACACUGAAUAUUUGAUUUAUUCAAAACUUU